UCAAAAUAGUGAAGUAAUGAAAAUAAAGUUUAACAAUAUUAAACAUGGAAAGACAUUUCCGAUGAUAGGACAUCAUAUCAAUAUCUUUUAUUGCCUCAAUGUAAACAUCACAUGUCAAAUACUGGAUUUGUUCACAAUUGCGUAUAAUUUCGAGCAUAAGCAGAUUAAAUGCGGGAAGUUUCAGUUUUAUCAAUGCGCUAUUGUAUUACAGGAAAUGAUCAACGAUAUCAAUACUAAAAACCAUUGACAAGUGAUAGAUAAAUCAAUACAGAUGUAUUGCUAAAGGACUACUAUUGAGUUUAUUUAAACUGACAGUCGUUUAAAAAAAUCCAAUUCGUUUUCAAUUUCAACAUGGAUGCAACGGUUUGUCUUAUACUUGCUCUGUGUUUUAUUUGUUUCCAGUUUUCUGUUCAAGGACAAACUGUUUACUUUAAUGUAACAGAAGAGCAGGGAAGUUCCUAUUACAUCGGAAAUAUUGCUGAUUCGGCUAAACUCCAAGUUGCAGACGCUGAUUUAAAAUUUACCAUGCUGUCUAACGGUUAUCCUCUAGCUUCACAGUUCAGCCUCGAUGAUACAACCAGCGAUCUAGUGACAGUCCAGUCGUUAGACAGAGAUAUGUUAUGUGCAUUUGAUGUAGUAUGUACACUCCAACUGGCCGUAGUGGCAAAGUCUGAAAGCACAAACGAUUUAUUCAGUAUAAAAGUGUUCAUUAAUUUAAAAGAUAUAAAUGACAAUUCACCACUUUUUGCGGAAGAAUUCGUUAGUUUUGAACUUGUUGAAGGAACUCCUGUUAAUACAUCACUUCCACUGGAGGGGGCUACUGAUAGAGAUUCUGGGAUGUUUGGUGUUGUAAAAUAUGGAAUAUUGGACGACGUACCCUUUCAAGCAGUAAUGGACACCUUUGCGGAUGGUAGAUCCAUGUUAAAACUAGUAAUUAUAGGAAAACUAGAUCGGGAACAAGUAGCCUCUUAUCAGUUUCAAGUGUUAGCAUACGACGGAGGUGAGCCUACACCAAAUAUUGGAACUGCCAUGUUCAGUAUAACGGUAACCGACAUAAACGAUAAUUACCCAAAGUUUACACAAGAUUCGUACAAUAAAACGAUCUACGAUGACAGUCUGGUAAACAUGGUUAUAACGCGUGUGUUUGCUACAGAUUUAGAUGAAGGACUGAACGGAUUAGUGAGGUACAGGUUAAGCUCCUUACAGACAGACGAGAUCAUAUCAACGUUUUCUAUAAAUGAUACUUCCGGUGAAGUUUACCUGAAAGAAUCGCUAAUCACGCGUUCAAGGGAAUAUUACAGAAUAAUUGUUGAAGCAAGCGAUAGUGCAAAACAGCCUUUGAUUGCUCAAUCUUUGGUGUUUGUCAGAGUAUUCGAUCAUCAUAACAACUUCCCUGAUAUCAAUAUUAACCUUUUAUCGAACAAACCACAUGCUGAAAUAUCAGAACAAGCAAGUCAGGGUGCUACUGUUGCUCACCUGGCUGUAUCGGACCCAGAUACUGGGGACAAUGGCCUCGUAACAUGCAUGCUGACGGAGAGUAUGUUCAGAUUACAAAAGUUUGACACGAAUGAGUACAAGAUUGUGGUGUUUGCCUCCCUUGAUAGAGAAACAGAACCUCGUUACAAUGUAACUGUUGUUUGCGAAGACACAGGAAACCCACCAAAGAAAACAAAUAAAACAUUUAUUGUUGUUGUAUUGGACGAAAAUGAUAAUGAACCUCAAUUUACCCCGGUAACGUAUAGGACACAUUUGUUAGAAAAUAACAAGAUCGGUGUCAGCCUUCUUCAAGUUUCUGCUGCUGACCUAGAUUUAGACCAGAACGCCAAAAUUGAAUACAUAUUGCAAGAUGGUGCUAUUAGUAAGUUCUCUAUUGAUAACGAAACGGGGGAAAUAUUUGCGAAUCAGAUGCUUGAUAGAGAAAAACAGAACCAGUACAUCUUCCAAGUAUUUGCUUCCGAUCAUGGUAAUCCAUCUUUGACCGGAACAGGAAGUGUCUCCAUUUUAAUUGAUGAUGUUAAUGAUAAUGCACCAGAAUUUCGUAAAGCUCUUUAUUCUUUUCCUAUAUUAGAAAAUUCAGUUCGAAAUAUAAUUAUUGGACAAGUAGAUGCUUUUGAUGUGGACGACAAGGAAAACGGAGAAAUUUCAUAUAGUAUUUCCACAACAAAGGGAAACGAAGUCCCGUUCAUUGUUAUGCAGAAUGGGAGUGUUUUAGUAACAAUUGAACUCGACAGAGAAAAAAAUGAAAGUUACAAUUUCCAGAUCGUUGCCUCCGAUCAAGGAAAUUCUUCUCUAAAUACAUCUGUCGAAGUAUUAAUAAAAGUAAAGGACGAAAACGAUAAUAGUCCUGUUUUUGUAUUUCCUAAUAAAGAUAACAAUACAAUUAUCAUACCGUACAAGACUCCGUCCAACUCUGUGGUGGGGACAUUCCGAGCGUAUGAUAACGAUUCGGGAAUGAAUUCACGACUAUCAUUUUACUUGAACAAUGAAAACAUAAGUGAUUAUCUCUUGCUCAAUAGCUACAAUGGCGAACUAUUCCUCGUUAAAGAUUUAUCAGAGGCGGACAUCAGAAGUAUGACGUUUGAAGUAGUUGUACAAGACCAUGGAGAAAUACCUUUCAAAGCGCGCCAAAAUAUGACAAUAAAUAUAACACAUCAAGUAUCAGCUUUAACUGAUGGUCUAGAGAAAAACUUCGUAGUCGCCAUUGCUAUUUCAAGCAUCACGGUAUUCUUAGCACUGUUUAUUAUUUUUAUGAUUUUUCUUCUUCGAAGACAAGACAUUAAAAACCGUACCAAACUUCACGAGAGCCAGGAAUCACAAUCUCAGAAGACCAACGAAGGUGAAGAAGCUGGUUUUAUACAAGUGGUCUCCCCUGUGUAUUACCCACCUACCUAUAUAUUACCUCUUCCUAUGACGUAUACUCGACCUCCUCCUCCGUCUUACACUCCACCAGUACUGCCAAAGUCGGUACCUCAAUCUACCAAGUUCAAUACAAUCCAGAGAUCCAUAUCAGUACAGCAAGAAGUGAAGACACACGAUGCCAGCUUAUUAGAUACGAGUUCUACUUUCACAUCUCGAUCCUGGGAUCCGCCACUUUGGGAGAAUGGUGAAGUCGAUGACGUGGAACGACAACGAAAUAAGCUCAUUUCCAUCGAAUACCAAAGAUCUCUACUCCGAAUACAACACUGUAAACGUUCCAAUUCUGUUUUGACUAUUUAGAGUUUUAACAGAAGCAUUAGUUACUCCAGUGCUGUGGCUAACACCCAUUAUGUACUAACAUGCCUGAAAUCUUGCCUGAUGUUCCCGUUCCAAAAAGGCAUUAUAAUAUAUGCCAUUAAAGUCUGUGUUUUAGCUGAAAGUUGGGACAUAUUUUGUCACGUGAUAGGUCCUCUGAAUAUCACAGAUGGUUUGUCACCAACAGAGACACUAUACAGACAAGUGGAAACAUCAAA